AUGAAGUUCGGCAAGACCCUUUUCAGAAAUCAGAUCCCUGAAUGGACACGCCACUAUGUCUCAUACAAGGGCCUCAAGAAGGAGAUCAAGAAUGGUCAAGAAGCCAUCGCCAAUGGCGAAUCCACCAUCGACGACGUUCUUUUAGCGUUUAUUUUCCAUCUGGACAGAGAGGUAGAAAAGGUCAACAACUUUUUCCUCUACAAGCGAUCAGAGUUGGAGCGCAGACUCCGCAUCCUGUCCGAAAAGUCAAGGCGCAUCAACCCAACUUCAACCCUCUCUGGAUCCGCCCUUUCCUCAACCCCAGCAUCAGGAACUCCUCAAAUCGUUGUCAAUGGAGCUGCUGUUGCUAAGACGCGCUUCGACCUGUCGAUUGUAACUUCGCCUAAUGGAUCGGCGUCGGCGUCGGCUGGUCCUUCUGUUGUGCCACUAUCGCCCUUUGUCAGCGAUCCAGAAGCCGAUGCAGAGUGUCUCCAAGCCUUGAUAGAAACCAAGGAGAAACUUCAAAAGCUCUCUUGGUUUGCAGAAAUGAACAGGCGUGCAGUCCAGAAGAUCCUCAAAAAGUUCGACAAGCGUGCGUCAACAAUCUGCAAGGAUGACUACUUGGCAACAAAAGUCAACGCCCUCCCCUUCGUCUUGGACGGUCAGCUUCUGGAGAUGACUAUUGCGACCGAUGUUCUUAUUCGGGAGAUCCGCGCCGUCGUUACGGAUGUGCCCCCACCUCAACUCGGCUUGGCAUCCCAGCGUGGAAGCGCAGAGUCUCGUUUCGGAUUGAGUGACGAGCAGGUUGCAGAAGCUACCAAGGCAAUCGAGAGCGAUGAUGCUGCUACUUUGAGGAGAAUCAUUGACGAGAAGCUCAAGGAGUCUCCCCAGAUGAAGGACGUCCUCUUUUCUGCAACCAAGUCUGGUCGUCCUGGCCAAUUCUCGAGAUCGCUGUUUAAGAGGGCGUGUCAGGUGCAUGCAUACAAGUGCAUCUCUCUCAUCAUGUCGCUCGGAGCUGGAGCCCUCAUGGUCAACGUCAACGAGCAAACUGUCCUCCACAAGUUGUCGAUCGACGGUGGAGCAUUUGCUCAAACGCAUGAUUCAGUAUCCGGACCGGCAGGAACUGUUACCGAUCAUCAGCCUGCGCCCAAGGAUGACCCUACAUUGAUCACCUUUAUCUUGCAACAACUCUCUUCCAACACUCAGCUGGAGGCAGUGUGCAACCUCAACUCGACUGCCGAUAUCUUUGGUCGCCGCCCACUCCACUAUGCUGCCAUGCACGGAUACCCCAACAUCACCAGGGCGCUCCUCAAGGACUUGAAGACGUCGGGGGAAUUCGUCGACUUUUCUAGCCACUAUUGGUUCGACACUGAUGGAUUCACUCCUCUCAUCUACGCCGUCUCCCGCGGCCAUGCCGAUGUCAUGAAGGUCUUGAUCGAGGAAGGCGAUAUCAAGGACGUUGACGCAAUUGCUAACUUAUAUGCGACGACGCCUUCGAUCUCAAAGAUUAUGCCUUCGACUACUAUGACCGUCUUGAACCCAUUGGUCGGAUCAGAAAUCAACCUUCACGCUGCAUACACUUAUACUCCAUUGUCAAUCGCAUGCCGUUUGGGACAUGUGGAAGCUGUGAGGCUCUUGAUUCAAUAUGGCGCCAACUUGGAUGCUCAGGACGAGGACGGAGAAUCUUGCUUGAUCAUUGCAUCAAAGAAUGGACAUGUUGAGUGUGUCAAGCUGUUGAUCGCAGGUGCCAAGAAGAGCGCCAACCUGGAACUCCGCGAGCGCUUUUACGGCUGGACCGCAUUGCAUCUCGCAGCCAUUGAGAACCACCCCGAGGUCAUCAAGGUUUUGCUGGAAGCUGGCGCUAACCCUGAUGUUUUCGACUUUUCGUCUUGGACCCCUCACGAGCAUGCAGUUUUCUCUGCCAAUAAUAUCUGUGCGGCCCUUCUCCGCCCUGUCACAAAGAAUCUGGACGAACGGCAGCGCCUACAAAAGUUGGCUGCUAAUGGCGAGCUUGGAUUAGCCAGCCCUCCCAAGUCCAACGCCACUAUUGCCACUUCAAUGACGCGCAACCUCUCCUCAGGAUCUACAGGAACUCCAGUCCGAUCGCAGUCCCCUGAUAUCCCCAGGCUCGAUUCUCCCCCAGCUUCAGGAGGAAGGAACAAUGUUAAGGCUUCUAAGACUGUGCAUCGCGCCUAUGGUCACAAGUACUUGGAAGACGAGUCCUUGAUUGUUGUCACUCUGGGGUCGAACGACAUCCGCAGCACUGUCGAACCAGUCGAGCUCCUCCAUCAGGGCAACAACACUUCGUUCUUGACCGAGAGCACAGCAUUUUCGCUCGAAAUUACAUCAGAGAACGCGACUGCGGGUGAAAAGGUUAUCAUCGAUCUGCCUCUCAAGGACUCGAGCUACCAUGACAAGAUUGUCUUUUACUCUCGCAACCCUGAGGAAACCAUCUUGACAUUUUCGGUCUAUCCUACGUUCGGUAACCUGAGCGACAAGUUGGUCGGACGCGGAACGGCCAUGUUGUCAAGUUUGGACGAUCUGCGCAAAGAUGUCAAGAAACAGCAUCCUUCUAUGACACCCUUGCAAGGAAUGAACAUGACGGUCCCUAUCUUCGGGGUCGACAGCAUGAAGAUCAUUGGACGAGUCCGCGUUGAGUUCACUGUCGUUCGCCCCUUCAAGCACGAGAACCUUAAGGUCGGAAGCAAGCAUACUUACUGGAAGAGUCUCACCACUACCGUUAUUGGUCACAGAGGUCUUGGCAUGAACCGAAAGGUCCCCAACCUGCAGCUGGGUGAGAACACACUGCUCUCAUUUGUCACAGCUGCUUCCCUUGGUGCCGAAUAUGUCGAGUUUGAUGUGCAAAUGACCAAGGAUAUGGUCCCUGUUCUGUACCACGACUGGACUGUGACAGAGACAGGCUUGGAUAUCCCUGUCAGCUCAAUCACACUGGAGCAGUUCCAAAAGUUGUCGGGAUCCAAGUCUCGCAACACACCGCCUGGUUCGCCCAGACCAGACUCGCCACCAAUGGUGAUCACACCCGCUCCUGUUUCUACGUUGGCAAAGCCUGGACUUACUAGGACAAUAUCGAACCACAAUGGCUCAGAGAGUCCAAGUAAGGAUGUGCAGACGCGUCUGGUCCGCUCCAACAGUUUGGGCGCCAUUGCCAGGAUGAAGGCUUUGACCCCUGCCUCCGAGCCUGCUAACUCUGCUGCUAAGAUGAAGGGCAAUGGUCUUGGAACCAUCCAAGCACCCUUUGCUACUCUUAAGGAUACCUUUGAGACGGUGCCUUCGCAUAUUGGAUUCAAUAUUGAGGUCAAAUACCCCAUGCUAGAUGAAGCUGAGGAUGCCAACAUCCCAUUAUAUUCGUUCGAGUUGAACCGGUUCGUGGACAGGAUCUUGCAGGAGGUGUACGACCACGACCAGACCCGCCCUGACCGCAACAUCAUCUUCUCGUCAUUCCAUCCAGACAUCUGUCUGUUGCUCAACAUGAAGCAGCCCAACUACCCCGUCUUCUUCCUGACGGACGGCGGUACCUCUGUGAUGGCGGAUCGUCGCUGCAACUCUAUCCAGAGCGCUGUCAGGUUCGCGACGUCGAUUGAUCUGCUGGGUAUUGUCACGGCUUCGCAGCCGAUUAUUGAGGCGCCUAACCUGGUCAAAGGGAUCAAAGAGACGGGCCUGUUGGUGUUCACGUAUGGCGCGGACAAUAACGAUGUCGAGAAUGCUAAACUGCAGAGGAGGCAUGGCGUUGAUGCAGUUAUCGUCGACUGUGUCUUGGCUGUCCGCAAGGGUCUUCAGCAAGCAGAUUAG